CUCCCUCCUUUGCCCCAUCGACCGCCACUUCCGAGAAGAAGACCGAGAAGCAGGAGAAUCUUGUCGGAAAAAUCAACAAUUUCAUUUCUACGGAUCUGGGAAAUAUCACAGAAGCCAGAGAUAUCCUGUUCAUGGUCUGGUACACGCCUUUACAAGUUGUGAUCUGCGUGGCAAUUCUUGGAAUGGGAGUUUUGAUCAUCUCUAUUCCUAUUCCCUCUCUCAUCGGAACUAUGCUCAAUCGUGUGCAAACCGAACUCAUGAACGUUCUCCGUAUGAUCAAACUAUUUGCCUGGGAGACUCGAGUCAAACAAAAAGUACUGGAAAAGAGGGAAGAUGAGCUGCUUUGGACCAAGAAGAGGCAAUUGCUACAGUUGCUCAAUAUGAAUGCCAA